GUCAUAUGUUCCAACAUGGAGCAUAAGACGAAGAUAGUCAGACUCGAAAUGAAAAAGCUGCUCGUUUUGGUCAUCUCUUUGAGUUUGUGUUACGGAAAAAUACUGAAAUAUGACCUUGUGAAUGAUUCCCGGAGACAGUUCACGCUUCAGCACAUUUGGUUUUCUCCAGAAGGGAACACUGGACGUGAAGAUCACAGCAUUUUCCUACAAGAUUCUGUCUGGACCAUCAACGACUCCUGUAUUUGGUUUCACUCUGGACAAGAGCAAAACAAAAGAGGUCUCAUCAUACAUUGAGAACAUGCAGGACAGUUGUAUAUUAGAAAAACUUGACGCUAAGGACCAGUCAGUUUCCAUGGUUCUCUUCAUAAUAGAUCCACUGCAGAAAAAGCUGAUCGUGAAACACAAGCCAGGGGACACAAUGUCCAGCCAUUUGCUCAUCACAGAACAAGACAGAGACACCUACCUCGACGACAACAACCUCCAGCGCAGAGACACCUCAUCUGCAAAGAGGUCCCACAUUGCGGCCUCUCUCACUGACCAAUCUCUGGUCCACAGGUCGGAACGUCAGGCUGUCGGGGGGGCCCCAACUGCAACAUCAACAAAAACAUCUGCAUCAUCAACUACAACAUUACCGUCAACAGCAACAGCAUUGAAUUCCGAUUCAACUGCAGGAAAAUCUACUGUCCAGACUGCGAAAGCUGUCUCCAAUGACACUCUGGUUUUUAAAAUGAACGAAACUGAAGGAGUGUUCACUGGACACUUUCUUGUGGCCAUCAGAACCGAACAGGAAGAGGGACUGUACAACCUGUUCUUCCAUAACUGUUACAACUACAACAAGCAAUCCAAGGCCACUGUCAACCUCUCCCUGGAGAUUACCGAGGACAACAACGGUAACUUCCUGUCUGCCGGACAGAUGCCCGAGCCAGCUCUCUACUUCACCUUCAGCCUCAUCUUCUUCAUUGCCGCAUGUUUGUGGCUCGGCGUGCUCAAAAAGUCAGUGAGCGAGGUGUACAAAAUCCACUUCCUCAUGCUGGCUGUCGUCUUUGUGAAAAGUCUCUCCAGCGCCUUCCAUGGGGUGAACAGCUGUUUCAUUCAGUUGACUGGAAUACAUGAAGAAACCUGGGCCAUCCUGUACUAUAUUGUGUAUUUAUUCCGGGGAGCAUUGAUGUUUGUAACAAUCCUCCUGAUUGGUGCAGGCUGGGCUUUCAUCAAACACAUGUUGAGUCACAAGGAGAAGAAACUCUUCCUUAUUGUCCUUCCACUGCAGGUGCUGGACCAGAUAGCGUGGGUAAUCGUCGAGGAGAGUGAAGAGGGCCAGGAGCUGUACACCACUUGGAAGGAAAUCUUCAUUCUCUUUGACCUUCUCUGUUGUGGAGCUAUCCUCUUCCCCGUUGUCUGGUCUAUCCGGCAUCUCCAGGAAGCUUCACGCACAGAUGGCAAGGCAGCUAUGAAUCUCAACAAACUUAAACUAUUUAGACAGUUUUAUAUACUGAUUGUGUGUUUCAUCUAUUUUACGAGAAUAAUAGUGUAUUUGCUAAAGAUCACUCUGCCUUUCAAGCUGGAAUGGUUGACUGAACUGUUCAAGGAACUGGCCACGUUGAUCUUCUUCGUGGUAACAGGGUACAAGUUCCGACCCGCCUCCGACAACCCCUACCUCCAGGUCCCUCAAGACAGUGACGAUGAGAUUGAGAUGGAGGAGGUGCUGACCCAGACGGGAUUGACGGACAGUGUGGUGAAGGUGAACCAGAGAUACGAGGAGAAGACGGAGAGUACAGAGCCUCUCAUCAAACAGAGGGAAAGUAGCCACGAGUACGACUGAAGAUAGAACAAAAUAGGCGAAUAAAGGCAUGAGAGCACGACGAAGCAUGGCCCAAACACAAUUUUUAGAUGUCAUAUUGAAAGAACCUGUCAACCAAGUCAUCUACCUUUACUUCAGUCAGACUGUGGAAAAUAUUUUCUUGCUUCCCAGGUUCUGAUGUUAGUUUUGUGAAAGUAAUUGUUUCCAAUGAGAUUAAACUGUGUGUUUUAACAUCAUGUAAGGAAAGGUUGUCCAACCAACUAUUUGUAAAUCUGUUCACUUGUUUCACAUACUGUCAACCUGAAAUGUACAUUGACGGACUGUGUUAGAAUUAAGUGAGGUCCAACUCUUUCACUGAAUCAAUGAAUAAUUACAGUCCGUUUGAGUCAGAAACGGACCGAUGAAAUGCAAAUUUUAUCAUUGUACAAAAUUGCCACAUAAAUAGAAAUAGUACACAUGUUUAUCAU